AUGGGUCUAUUCUAAGGUCAAAUAUCUUAGAGAUUGUAUUCAUAAGAAUAAGAAUUACUGCAAUAUGAGAGAGAUCUCUUCAUUCUUUAUGAACCAUUUGUUAAGUGGAGAUAACUCAAUACAAAAGGAUAUUAGAAGCCUAUCACCUAAGCACCUGCAUCCAUGAUUCCAGUUUCAUAUUAAUAGGCGGAUCCCACAAAAGUCGUCAAGCCCUUUACGGAUCCUCUUUUGGAUAAAAAUAGCAAGUUCAAAUUGAUUACUAUAUUAAUUGGUCUCAUAGCUUGUCUUACUCUACUGAUACUAUUUUACAAGGCUUAAUUUUUUGAUUUGCUCCUUAUCAUAGACUUCUAUAUCCUCUGGGAAUUUAAUGCCUUAAACGAGAACCGCAUUAAGACUCUAGGGAUCUUGUUCGGAAUGAGUUGCUUCCUGGAUGUUAUAUGGAUCUUUUGUAUUGGUAUGAAAUGGCUUGGCAAUGAUUCUCAAGACAUUUACAUACCUUAUGAAAUCUCAAUCCAAAAAAUGAUCUCCAUUUUAGUAAUCAUAAGUCUAAUUGUGAGAUUGUAUCUAAUACUUAACUUAUUUUAAUUAUCUCAAGAAGUGCAGAACCUUACGAACCCUUAAACAAUCAAAAUACAACACAAGAAUAUUGUAAAAAUAGAUAUGUAAAAUACACAUAAUAUUGAAUCUAAAACAUACCUCCAUAAUGGACGACCAAUUGUGAUUUAUUGA